AUGGAUGGAAGUAAAGGAGACCCUGGACCACAAGGAGCGACAGGACCUCGAGGACUGAAGGGCCCAAUUGGACCGAGAGGAGAAAACGGACCAAAAGGACUGCCUGGGUCACAAGGCGCACGUGGAGAACAGGGCGAAAAAGGGGAA